AUGUUCCAAUCCCCUAAAAACCUGAAGGCUGUUCUCAAUAAUUUAGCUCAAGAUAUAUCGAUGUGUGCACCUACACCCCCUGCACCGCGAAAGUCGUCAGCUCCAAGUAAUCAGGAGGUGCUGAAAACAGAGACUGAACUUCGCCCACUUUAUCCUUUCAACUUCCCCCCUGAAAUCUUGAACCUUGAAAUCGAGUUGGACAAAGUUUGUCGCUUUAGAGCGAUGGCUGAAUGCUACUUCAUUCCUCCUAGUUCCAACAGUGAUUACAUCUUUUGGGCAGACUUUUCCUCGCUCAGUGAUGUGAGUGCGUUUCUCACUCGAUAUCAGCCAGAACCGGACGACGGGACUGGGGCCUGGGCCGAAAUUUUUCUUGCUGCGGUGGCACGAAAAGUACUCCCUUUAGUUUGUAUGGAGGUUCUGGAUUUGUGGUAUAAGGAGCGCUGGCUGGUAGCUCAAGGCGAGUUUCAGAGCAUGAUGGAGAUUUUACAGGGGCUGUCAUUGAAAAGUCAAAAGAGGGAGAGUUACAUCAGGCCAGGUCUGCGCUUCAACCACAACACAGAGACCCUUGCCUGUUCAUCACAAAAAUUGGGGGGGGACUGGAUACGGGUUUAUCCUAGCAUGUCUGCAGGAUCUUCUUCAAGAAUAUGUGUCAUUACCCUGUCAGCUGACAUAGGGUAUUAUCUGGGUUUAUAA